AUGUCUCUGUUGCUGCCAGUGCUGCUGCUGUUGUUAGGCAGUGAGUGGGUUCAGGGCCAGCAGAGCCAGGCUACGGACAAAUACAGUCUACAGGUGGAGAAGCUCGUGACGGUGCAGGAGGGUCUCUGUGUCCUGGUGCCUUGCUCUUUCUCCUCCCCCAAGAGCGCGUGGCCUAACUCUAUGGUUUAUGGAUACUGGUUUACAAGAGGGACCAACACGGACAAAGGUCACCCGGUGGCCACGAACAACAAAUAUAAGGCAGUGCGACCUAGGACCAAGGAACGAUUCCAGCUUGUGGGGGAUCCCGGAAAACAGGACUGUUCCUUGAUGAUCCGAGAUGUUCAGAGGGAAGACAGCAUGGGGUACUUCUUCCGACUGGAGAAAAGCUUUGAUAAGUAUAAUUUCCUGGAUGGAUUCAUUCUGCAAGUGGAAGGCCUGACUCAGAAGCCAGAUAUCUUCAUCCCUGCGACCCUAGAGCCGGGACAGCCCGUGAAAGUGCUCUGUGUGUUUAACUGGGCCUUUGAGGGGUGCUCAGCCCCUUCCUUCUCCUGGAGGGGGGCUGCAGCCUCCUCCCAAGGAGGCACACCAUCCACCUCCUACUUCUCAGUGCUGACCUUCACCCCAGAACCUCAGCACCAUAACGAUGAGCUCACCUGUCAGGUGGACUUCCCCAGACUGGGUGUGAGCACCCAGAAGACCGUCAGGAUGAACAUGGCCUAUGCCCCUAAAGAUCUUGUGAUCAGCAUCUUCCAAGGCACUAUGUCAGGUACCAAGGAAUCCCAAGGAAACAUCUCACAUCUGGAAGAUCUGAAAGUCCAUCAAGGCCAGGCCCUGAGGCUCCUCUGUGCUGCUGCCAGCGAGCCCCCUGCCACCCUGAGCUGGGUCCUGGAGGACCGAGUUCUCUCAUGGUCUAGCCCUUUGGGAUCCAGAACCCUGUGGCUGGAGCUCCCUGAGGUGAAGGCUGAGGACUCAGGACGCUAUACCUGCCAAGCUGAGAACAGGCUGGGCUUCCAGCAGCGCACCCUGAACCUCUCUGUGCUGUAUGCUCCAGAGGACCCAAGAGUGAUGGUUUUCCAAGCAAAUCGGACAGUGCUGGAAAUCCUCAGGAAUGGCACUUCCCUCCCAGUCCUGGAGGGCCAGAGCCUGCGCCUGGUCUGUGUCACCCGCAGCAACCCCCCAGCCAGACUGAGCUGGACCUUGGAGUCACAGACCCUGGACCCCACCCUUUCUCCAGACCCUGGGGUCCUUGAGCUGCCUCUGGUCCAGUGGGAGCAUGCAGGGAAAUUCACAUGCAGUGCGCAGAACUCGCUGGGUGCCCAGUACAUCUCUCUGAGCCUCUCUGUGCAUUACCCCCCACAGAUGCCAGCACCCUCCUGCUCCUGGGAGGCCGAGGGUCUGCUCUGCAGUUGCUCCUCCAGGGCCUGGCCGGCCCCCUCCCUGCACUGGCAGCUGGGGGAGGAGCUGCUGAAGGGGAACAGCAGCAAUGACUCCAUCACGGUCACCUCAAGCACCAUGGGACCUUGGGCCAACAGCUCCCUGAGCCUCCACAUGGGGUUCAGUGCCAGCUUUGGGCUCAGCUGUGAGGCCCAGAAUGCCCAUGGAGUCCAGAGAGCCACUGUCCUCUUGCUGCCUGACAGCAGACCAAGCUCCACAGCAUUCACUAGUGGUGUAUUUCUUGGCAUCGGAGUCAUGGCUCUGCUCACCCUCUGCCUCAUCAUGAUCCUUAUGAAGAUGCUAUGGAAGAAAAAGACUCAGGAGCAGACCUCCAGGCCCAAGAUCCUACGGGGCAGCACAAUCCUGGACUACAUCAACGUGGUCCCUAAGACCAGAUCCCUGAAUCGGAAUCGGAAGGCCAAGCCCAGCCCUCCUCCCAGGACCCCUCCUAUAGGCACCCACUGCCCUGAAUCAAAGCAGAAGAAGAACGAGCCACAUCUUGUUUCUCCUGGUUACCCAGAGUCCAAGUCACCCACCCAAGCCCCAGCCUCCGAGAAUGAGAACGACCCAGAAGAACUACAUUACGCUCACCUCCACUUCCCCUGCCUCAGAACACAGGACACCCAGGCCGAGUAUGCAGAAGUCAGAUUCCACUGAGGGUCUCCUGGGGUUUAGGACUGGAACCUUGGCUGGGGAGAAAGGUGGGGCAAUAAAGAGGUUCAGAGAACAGGA